UUAGAUAAUUCGCUGGCAAAGACCCAGAUCCGUUCAAUUCUGUUUAAACGAAAGAGGAAGAAAAUUCAAUCUUACCCGCAACCAAGACCGACCAUUACACGGAGUGUGAACACAACGCAAGGUGCUAGAUAUCUCAACCAUAUUUAUGUCUACACACACAGCAAUCAGUCGUCUAUCCACUUUCGUUUACUCAUGUGUCCAUAAAGAAUGCACAAUAACUGAAAAAAAUGUCAGCAGCCUUUCUGAAUCUGACUGAAGAAGAAACAAGAAGGUGUAAACUCUAUCAUCUUGUUGUUGACGGAGGAGGCGCAGUGCUGAGGUAUAGGUUCGACAGAGAUAUUCCUACCCCAAGGACAUAUCUCAAUGAUACGACAGUCAAAUUAGAGUUAUAUCAGUUGCAAACAAAAAAUAUUAUAUCGAAGGCGCAAUAUGAAUUGCUUUAUCCAAGUACAGGAGCUGGUGUCACAUCAUCAAAUGAUUACGACAUGACUCUUUUAGUGGCACUACAUCGUACCCUUCUGUGUGCAAAGAAAGGUGACCCAAUAUGGCACACAGGAAAUAAACCGGCUCCUAUGGACUUUUCAGUAGAAGCAGAAAUCGUUCGUCUAAGGGAUUUCAGGAAUGAGCUAAUGCAUUCACCGAAGGUGGGAGGAUUAACCGAAGCUCAGUUUGAAACAAAAUGGAAGGAAGUUUCUGAUGUGUUGUCACGUUUUGGAUCUGGAAUGCCUUGUCUGCAAGAAAAGCUAGAAAUUCUUAAGAAUGACUGUCUAGACAAACGAUUUGAGAAAGAGCUUUUGUUGAAACUGGAGGAAUGGACUGCCAUGGAUAAAGCGUUCGGGGACGAAAUGAUGAAAACGUUGCAAAGUAACAGUCUUAGCGAACGGUCAAGGAGAGAACUUUCAGAUGUUUUGGGUGACCCCUAUUUUGUCAAGACAAGUGUUUUCCAAAGGGCGACAGACAUACUGAACGAAAAAGGUAUAAUAGUAAUAAAAGGUGCACAGGGAGAAGGAAAAACAACAAUGGGUAAAAAGUUGGUAAAAAAUCCAGAUAGAUGUUUAAAGAUUAAUAACUGUUCUGACUGGGAUAUUCGUAAUCACUCUAGAAUUGAUACAGUCUUGAUCGAUGAUAUGUUUGGGUCUAGUAUGUUUGACAAAGGCGACAGCAGAAAAUGGUUGAAAUACAUUCCUCAGAUAAAAGAUGACGUACAAAACAAACGUCUUACCGUGAUUAUCACUUCCCGCUCAUACAUUUUGGAUGAAGUGCUCGAAAAGAUGUAUGUUUCACACUUGAUUAAUGAAAGUAAUACUCUCACAAUCUCAUCAAAAGAUUUGAGUGAAAAAGAGAUGAGAGACAUUCUUGAGAAACACAUGCAAAUGACGGAAAGAGAGCUGAACGAAAAAGAUAUCAAUGAAUGCAUAAACGAAGCAAGUAAGCCCUCUUCAUUUGUCAUAGGUUUUCCGGAAUGCGCAAGGUUGUUUUGUCAGCAUGAGCAAUUCUUUUUAGAAAAGAGUGCAUUUUUCAGAAGUCCAAUGGCCCAUAUCAAAGACUGUCUUGUAGGUAUUUUCAAAAAUAAAGAACAAGUGUUUCUGGCGUUUUUUGUACUUUGGGCCCAAAAAUCACAGGAAAUAAUGUUGCGUAGUUUACAACAGCCUAUAGUUAACACCCCACAGUCAAUAACUGGAGCGAUAGAACAGCUCCAGUAUCGCCCUGAAGAUAUGCUCAGGACCAUCCGUGUCUCUCUUUCGACACAUGGGACUGACUUUAUACAUUUUGACACAAGAAAUGAAAUAUUUUCAUUUUGCCACCGUGUCAUAAGUGAUGCAGUUGGGCUGGUAGCUUAUGAGAAGAAUGAAACAGCCGUACUUAAGUGUUGUGAUUCAUCGUUUAUUGAAAGAUACAUCCGAAUAGAGGACAGCACAAGAGACGGGAAUUCAGCUGAACAUUCUGAUGGUGGUACAAAUGAAAUAGGAAUUACAAUCCCUCCUCUGCGGUUUGAUCAGUUAUGCUCAAGGAUGGGCGAGAUUAUACAGGACAUGAAUGGCAUCCAUCCGCAGCAAGGAACGGGCAAUGCAACUUAUGAGUUGUGUUUCAAAUGUAGCACUGAGCAUGGACAGCCGCCUGGGCAAUACUUGAAGUAUGCACCGUUUUUGCACCCGGCUUUCCGGAACACUCAAUUUUGUGAGUUGUUCAUAAAGGAUGUUAUGAAAGGUAAUGCGUUGAAACUGCUAACCAUGCCAGUUCUGACAUUUGGUGCCGACCUUGUAGGUUUUGAGAAAGUCCUGAACAAAAGCAUAUAUACAAAUGCAGUAUGUUUACUUGCAUAUUUGUUGAAAAAUCGCAUGACACAAUUCGCUUCAGUUUGUUACAGGGAAAUGAAAAAUAUGAGAUGCAGAACAGGUGAGAUGUGUUCUUCUGUAACAGAAGUGUUAGAAACGGAUCUUUUGAUUUCAAUGAUUUUGGCAAUCAAACGAGGCGAUCAAUACAUGAUCGAAAACCUAGCCAAACUUGGAGCUCCAGUUGGUGAUCUAAACGUCAUGCUUAUGGCAUUUAAAAUGGCUGAUAGAGAUAUUGUAACGUUUUUGUUGGAUCUUGCUGACAGAAACAUCAGCAGUUACAGGAAGAAUGGCAAAAGUCCAUUGAUUCUCUUUGCUGAAGAAAACAAUAUUGAAGCCGUUAAGUGCCUGCUCAACAGCAAACACUUCACUGAAAAUGAGAUCGAUUUUCAAAGUGAAGAUGAUCCAUGCAACGAAACUGCAUUACACAAAGCAUGCAAGAACAAUCAAGACAAAAUAGUAGAGCAGCUACUACUGGCAAAUCCAAAUCUCUUGCUAAGAGAUGUGAAUGGAUAUUGUCCAAUUCACGUAGCAGCAUUGGCUGGAAAUGUCGAAAUAGUAGAACAACUUUUGAAGCACAACAUGAAACAAGCUGAUUACCCUGUCAAUUUGUCUGACAACCUGAAACAUGUCAAACUGUAUCACAUUGCCGUCUGGAAGGAAGAUGCUGAUGUUAUUGAACUGCUGGAGCGGCUGGGUAUAUCACCAGGUUGUACAGAUGAUGAUCAGAAAAAAUCUCCAUUAAUGUUUGCCAUACAAGAAAAAAGAUGUCAAAUUGUCAUGAAACUGGCUGAUAUAUCAGUAAAGCACGAGGUUCACAACAUGUCUGAUCACAGAGGAAAUACAGCAUUGCAUAUUGCCAUUGAGAAAUUGCCACAUUUAAAAGAUCCAAAGGAAUCCGAAGUAUAUAAAGAAGUAAUUUCUUUUCUUUGCCAAACUGGUAUAAAUGUUUUUACGGCAAAUUUGGAAGGAAAGUCCGCUUUGAUGUUGGCCGAAGAAAGUAAACAGUUUGAUGUUAUGUCAAAGUUAGAGAGAUACAAAUUCAGCAGUUCUUCAUUGUCACAGGAAACUGAAACUGAAACUGAACAAAAUGCUUUUGAGUGUGAUGAUGCAAGUCCUACCCCUGCGAAAAGAGUAAAACAUGCAUAAUACUUGCAUAAAAAAACACGAAAAGUAAAUUAGAAUGCUUAUAUAGGUGUAAUAUACAUGUAACGGUAUUUUGAGCUCAAAAUGUCCAUCUAAAUGCUACCUAAUUGGACCUGUCUCAAACAUAGUCAUCGUUGAACUUUCCUUGAAGUAGAGUUAAAAAGGCAAGAUCGAUUUAUAAACAGUGUAAAUGUUUUAUCUUUUAUUUAUUUAUUUUGUUUGCUUAGUCUCGACUCAGUUUGAAAUUCAUAUGUAAACCUGGCCUGGAUUUUGACACAAAAUAUCUCGUACCUGUGCAUGGACAAAUAUGACUCAGCUUGAUUGUUUAGUGUCAACAUUCCUCAUUCCGUUUUUAAGAACGAUUUCACUUACGUAACCAGAUUGUCUUACACAUUUCGUACCGUUCUAAACGGUUACAAAUAUUACAAAACUUGCGGACUAGCCUGAAUAACUUGAACUGCCGGUAAAAUAGAACAGUAAUGGAAAUUCGUUUGGUACAUAUCCUUACAAUGAAUAAGCUGUAAAUGAGUAAUCUGUGCUAUGUUAUCUGCAGGCCCAGAAUCAGCAGACAUUUCUUUAAUUUCCUUUUUCUAUUUAAUAUCACCGAAAAGCUGGUAUGUAUUUUAUUAGUGUGAGCGUAAUCGAACUUGUGGCGUUCAGCUUCCUUCUACAUGGAGAUAUUUCUAGUGAAACAUAACUUCUCUUUUUUUUCUUAUUUCCGAAACAGUCGGGUAAAUCAGGAAAGCUAAGAUAACAAAACAAAAAUAACACAAAAUCACAUUGUCAGACAGGGAGAAGCUCAAAUUUUGAGAACUUACUACAGAGGCAUUAAGCACAUUAGCAAACUUUAUUUCAAUAGAAAUGACCUGGUUCUUUACCAUUAUUUUACAAGACAAAAUUCGUUUGUCGGGAAGCAAAAUAAUAAAAAAAUAUGUAAAAUGGAAGAAAAAGCCCUUAAAGCAUUUUCUGCUCGCCUUUUGUUGAACUGAUAUGAUUGUAUAUUACAUUUGCUAUAUUGUGUGAACUGAUAUACUAGUAUGUACAUAUUGAUUACAUGUGAAUUAUAGACCCGCCUCAGAAUAGUUGUUUUUGGUGUUUACUAUCUAAAUAUUUUAUUGUAUUAAUGUAGCACAAAGUAUGCUGUACAUGAUGUAUUUACUUAUUUUGUUUCUACAGUAUAAGAUAAUUGUUUAGGUGUGUUCUUGAAACUUUGAAAUAUACUGAAAAAAUGAAGUAAGAAAACCCCAAAAGAGUUAUCAGAUAUAUGUGUGAAAAUACAAAGUUCAGGAACGGCUGUAAAUGGUCCGCCUUAGCUGUAUUAUGGCUGUAUUAUCAAAAUGAUUUUCAAAUGUUUAUGUGGGGUGGGUGGGAGAGUAAGUCCCUACCCAUUUCAAUCAUUUUACAUCGAGAAGUGAAAGCGAAAGCGCUACAAGUAUAUGUAUAUAAAGAAUACAUUUUUCGCUUUUCAUUUUUGUAUGUUCUUUCUGAUUAAAUUGUUUAAAAUUAUAUAUUAUAUAAAUAUUGCAUUCCUGAGAGGGUGAUAUGAAAAAUAUUCACCGCGAGACAUAUGAAUAUUGACCAAGGCCCCAGCCGAGGUCUAUAUUCAUAUUUCGAGGGGUGAACAUUUUUCAUAUCACCCUCUCAGGAAUGCAAUAUUUAUUUUAUUAUACCGAAAACGUAUAAGGGUCAAAACAUUUACUGGAAAAUCAACAUAAUAAUGUAUUUAACAUGAAAAAGUAAUUACUUACCAAAUAAUGAAGACAGAAUUAAAGAGUCUUUAUUUGUUAGCACUCAUAAUUUGUGGCGACCUUGCUGUGUAAUAAGACUUUUUUGAUAGAUUUAGACGAGACGUUUACAUAUCACUGACACCUAUAUUUAUUCUAAUAUUUCAACAUAGCGUCAAUCAGUAACAUUCGAAAAACGGUGAUAACUUUCUUUUUCCUAAAUGAAACAUAUAAGUGUGAGCACUCAUUUUCUUAGUUAGCUCAUUUCCAAACUUAUUGUGGUAGUUUCGGUUCAAUAUUUGAUGAAAAAAUGUUUUCGAAAUAUUUUGCACGUAGCAUAAAAAGAAAAUUCGGCCGUGUUUGCAUAUGCACACCAGAAAAGGGUUAUUUAAUCCUAACGUAUAAUUAUAUAAGCGCCUCGUCUGAAAAUUUAUCGACUCAGUCUUUUAAUCAAUGCGAAAGUAUCGAUCUCUCAACGGGUGAUAUGAAAAAAUAUUAUUGCAUAUGUUACUAAAUAUAGUAACAAAUUUGCACUGGAUUUAAACGUAUAUGAGCAGCGUUAGGCCGAUAAUUGCGUUCCUGUGAGCUGGUGUGCCUGAUAUCGAUAUCAGACACACUUCCGGGUGUGCUAAAAAUCCAUAUCAGGCACACUUCCGGCUGUUCAAAACAUCAAGAUUUUAUACUUCCACUGGCAGAAUGUCAAGUAUAUACAAACUAACACUAAUUUUAAAAAGAAUACAUUGUAUGAAUACAUAAUUUCGCUAGCUUCUUCUUCUAUGGUGGUUGAAUAAGUCGGACACAAGAAACUACGGCACUAAAAUGCAUGAAUUAAAAACAAAUGUUUGAAAGGAAAUGACGUCAGCGUAAUCAGAAAACGUUGACGUUCCCGCGCAUUACACAAACAUCCAACACGCUGUGUAACAUGAACUUAUUUUAAUGUCGUUAUUACUUUAACAGUAUAGUAGAACAUAUGCAAUAAAAAGGUUAUAAAACAGGGCAGGUGUGCCUUAAGGCGAUAUUGGCAUACUAGACCGUUAUUAGCCAUCGGGCUAAAGCCCUCGGGCCAAUACCUCUCCUAGUAUGCCAAUAUCGCCUAAAGGCACACCAGCCCUGUGUAAUAACCUCUAAAUAUCGCAUGCGCAGAAAAACAAAAUAACGCUGUUGCGCAUGUGAUAUGAAAUUAUGGAUCAUAACACCUGCGCAGAAAUUGAAAAUAACGAUUUUGCGCAUGUGAUAUAAAAUCACUAGGGAAUAUUCAAGUUAAACUAAAGGGAAAUUUGCAUUGGACAUUUAUGUGAGGUAUAAUAAACGAGUAUAUGUAAGUGUUAAUUGUUUGAUUGAUUUUGUUUAUUGCAUAUAUUAAUCUGUACCGAUAACAAAUGUUGUGAAGUUGUCAAGUAUUCUGGACACUGUGACGGUUUGAUGCAUGUACUGAAAGCAUGAACACUCACCGAUUACUAAAAUAUUGUUGACCAUUUGUUAAUUAUGUGAAUUAUCACAUUUAUGCUCUCGUUGUUAUUUUAUGUCUAUUUCAUUCUGCAUACAAAAGGUCCACCCUGGUUCGGUUGUACAACCUGUUGGUUUUUUUCGUUGAUAUUAUUUAUAAUUCUUUCAGUUAUUCUACCUACAGCGGAGCCAUAAUACAAGAAAAAACAGGUUCAUUUCUCGUAUUAAAAUUCGAAACGUCCAGUAAGUGGAUCGAGUAGUUUUGGUUGGUGUUACCAAGUAACUGAUAUAUACAUUAAUCUUUGAUGGACACGAAUGAGUCUAACCGAUUUAAAAGAAUAUGGAAGGUCACAUCCCAUUGAAAAAAAUAAUACAUCGAGGACAUCUGCUCCAUUUAGUGUCAGAUCGAAAUAUCUUUCACCAAGUGAACAUAAGAUGCAACAUUAUCACGAGCGGCGUAAUAAUAUUAUCUGGUGUUCACGAGUGGAAGCUAACUUGCUCUUUCAUGUAUUACAAACAUAUUUUAAAGGUUCGUGCUAGGGAAAACAUAUUUGACAAUUUUAAUGUAGAAUUAUCAGAUACAUUUUACUCUAAUGUUUCAAUUAUCCACUGAAAAACUCUAACAUGGAUUUGAUCUCCAGUUUGUUUAAAAAAAAAAUAAGAAUGUCAAAAGCUGUAUAUUCCGCGAAUAACAACGGUUGACGCGCGGACUGGUAAAUUAUGACGUCAGAUUGGAGCAUGACGUCCGGUAAACUACUACUUGUAUAAAUGAAGCCCGGCAAUUUGUUUUUCAAAAUAUUUCAAUGACCGUGUAAGAAUGAAAACAAUCAAUGUCUUCUUAAGGUUUAUCGUCUAAUUUACCACGACUUUUCGUUCAGCUGCUUAGACAUUUAACAACUCGGGCUAACGCCGUCGUGGUUCAAUCACUGCGCCUCUGCACUCUGAACCGUGAUGAAUUAGACGACAAACCACUCGAAGAACUUAAUUACAUGUAUUUGUUAAGUAAAUGAUAAAAAUUAAAGAAUGUAUUGUAUUCAAAUAAGUGAUAUUUACAAUUUCGACUCCGCUUUAAUGUGUACUUAUAUCUUGUGAUAAAAAGUCACGAAAUAAUGUAAACUUUCUUAUUCUUUUAUUAUGUAUGUGAUAAAUUAUGAAAUUACCUUGUUCUGUUACAAGUUCUGUUACUAAAUUUAUUGAACAUGUUCAUUACAAAACUAUGGUGCACGCCAGCGGCUAACAUUUAUGUUUUAUUCAACUCGUUCCGUAAAAGCGGAACAAAAACAAAACGUAUUUGAUAUCUUCUUUCUAUUUUACCAGUAUUUUAUGUUGUGGAAAAUAAAUUUACUGUAUCAAUA